AUGAAAAAGGAUAUUGUUGCUGUGAUGGUAUGGACGGAAUCAAUUGAGACAAAUAUGGAAGAAGCCAUGCUCCCCGAAGUCCAACAUGCGCUGUACUUGGGAGUUGGGACUGAAAGAGCUGAAGACCACAGGAAGAGAGCCAUUCAACCUCAAAACAACUUCACAAAUCUGUCCUCAAUUCCCUCUAAACCAAAUUGCGUGACCAUGGCAGGCCUCAGCUAUUUCUUCUUUCUUUUGUCAAUUUUGGUCAUUGCUUCCGCCGCAGAUUAUAGCUAUGCAAAGCCAGAAAUGGAAAACAUACUCUCCUCAACGAUAGGUAUUCAGGGGAUAAUUUACUGCAAAUCAGGCCAUGAAAUUAUCCCUCUUGAAGGGGCUGUGGCUAGGAUAACAUGCUCAGGUGUUGAUGAGUAUGGAUUUGACAUGGAACCGUUCACUGUACUGGCUGAUGCAACAGAUGCUAAAGGCUACUUCUUUGCAACCCUAUCUCCUUCUGAGGUAGAAGAAGAGAACAAGAAGCUCAAGGAGUGCAAAGCUUUCCUCGAGCUCUCGCCGUCCAACACUUGCACAGUCCCCACGGACGUGAACGGAGGGAUUACUGGUGCUCUUCUUGCUUCUCACAGAUUCCUCAAUGAGAAGAAAAUAAAACUCUACACCAUUGGGCCUUUCUUCUACACUCCAGGGCCUAAUAAUGGUUAUUGA